AUGGCAAAGCUUUUGAAGGCAUUUUCACUUCUUGCUGCAGUGAUGCUUCCAGCUCGGGCAGAAGCUAGCUUCGUUGAUAACUGCACCACGUUCAACUCCAACUUAUGGACUAAAGCUAACUGGGCUGCCGGACUGGGUUCUGUGCAGUCUGGAAAUGUGAACCCAAGCGGCGGAGGCGUGAUGAACUUCGAGAUCCCUGCUGGAACUCGAAAUGGCGGAGAGAUUGUUUCUAAAGCAAAAUACUCGUUCGGCCAAGUCGAAGCUCAAUUCAAAGUCCCGAAUCUGCCUGGAAUUAUCUCCAGCAUUUUCAUGUACCAGGGAACCUCAACCAGCGACGAGAUCGAUAUUGAAGUAUAUCUCAACCAGGGCAAAUGGGAGAUUGCGUUUACUGUUUAUCGCCUAGGGGUCAAGGAGUGGUCUCAUGGAAUCUUCCCAACCUGGGAUCCAAGCGCUGGAUACAAUGAUUAUAUGAUUGACUAUCAGGAGGCCGCAAUCUCAUUCUAUGUCAACGGCGUAUUGGAAUCUCAGUUCCAUACACCAUCGCAACAGCCAAUUCAUCCGAUGAAUAUCCAACUCAAUGCCUGGUACCCAGCGUGGCUGAAUGGUCCUCCAGCGGCAUCGACUGAAUUCUUCCAGGUCAAUCAAAUAUCAUACACGGAAUCCUGA